AUUUAGAAGCGCAACUUUAGUUCGUUAACUGAUCCCAACGCAGCUAGUUGUCCGUACCAAAAACGUCAUAAUGCCUAAGAAACUUACGUAUUUCAAUAUCAACGGUCUUGCUGAACCGAUAAGAUACAUUUUGCAUUACACUAAACAGGAUUUUGAAGAUAAUAGAAUUGAACUUGGUAAUUGGCCCGACCUUAAGCUGAAAGAGAAGCUCCCAUUCGGUCAGCUGCCCGUAUACGAGGAAGAUGGACGUGUUCUAUGUCAAAGCUUAGCUAUUGCCAAGUAUGUAGCCAGGGGUACAGAUCUGAUACCCAGUGACCCUUGGAAGUACGCUCAGGUGGAAUCCGCUGUGUAUUCCGUUUUGGAUUAUUGGAAAAAUGUAACCCCAGUAAUCCAAGAAAAGGAUCAAGCAAAGCAAAAGGAGAUGGUUGAAAAACUACACACUGAAACCAUUGAGUAUUACUUCUCAAGGUUCAAUAACUUAUUGAAAGAAAACGGCGGAUACUUCAGUGGAAAGCUAUCCUGGGGAGAAUUCAUACUCUUAGGUAUUGUUGAAGCCGGUAAUUUGUUCCUGGGUACGAACGUGGAAAAGAAAUACCCUGCUGUAGAUGCUCUGGUUAAGGAAAUCAGGAAUCUGCCGGGAGUGAAGGAAUAUAUUGUCGCUAGAGGACCUUAUGACUUCGAAGAAAUUAAAGCGCGUAUGAAUAAGCAAGUAAAAAUGCCGCGUAGACUUCAGUAUUUCGAUUUUAAUGGUCUUGGUGAGAAGAUAAGAUAUCUUCUACAUUAUACUGGACAGGAAUUUGAGGAUGUGCGUCACGAUGUAACUAUUUGGCCUGUACCAGAAAUUAAAGAAACUCUGCCAUUCGGCCAGUUUCCUGUAUACGAAGAAGAUGGCAAGGUUCUGUGCCAGAGUCUGGCAAUCGCUAGAUAUGUAGCCAGAGGUACUGAUCUGAUACCCAGUGAUCCUUGGAAGAACGCUCAAGUGGACUCUGCAGUAUAUUCUAUUAUGGAUUACAAUAAAAAUGUCAUCGCAGCUGUUCACGAACCAGACCCACAAAAGAAAGUAGAAUUGAGAAACAAAUUGUUCAAUGAGCACAUUGAUUACUACUUCUCGAGGUUCGAAAAGUUGUUGAAAGAAAACGGCGGAUAUUUCAGUGGAAAGCUUUCAUGGGGUGAGUUCGUCCUAUGCACUACAGUUGAUAGUACAAAUUUCUUCUUCACUAUGGAAGUGGAGAAGAACUAUCCAGCUAUUAAAGCUGUCUGUGAAGAGAUCUGGAAUGCACCAGGAGUUAAGGAGUAUAUCGCAGCUAGAGGACCUUAUAACCUUGACUGUAUUAAGAAACGAUUUGGAUAAGAAGUAAAUAACUUAUGUGUCUCACGCGUUAGGUUAAGUAUAUGUAAUGUUAGUGAUAAGGAUUAUGAAUAAAUAAAUUAAUGUUCAAGUCAAA